UUUAGACGCUCCUCUGUACCCGUCCCUGAACCCGGCUUUAAGUAUUUAAUUUGUGACCAUUAUUUGGUUAUCAAAUCUGUUAUCAGUUAUUUCAAAACGACAUUAGUUAAUAUCGUUACAUCCGUGUUCUUAACGUUUUUACGCAUUCCUUUCGUCGGGGAUAUGACGUCACCUUCGUCAGUCAGUUCGCGCUAAUUUCUCACCGCGUUCUGAUCGUGGGUAGAAGCGCACCGUUCUAACCAAGUAAACCGUAUGUGCAAGCCAACCUUAGCCGUGCGUGAUGGAGGACUUGAGCGAUGAAUUGGUGAAGUGGCUGCUGCCGCACGAAGGCUACCUGUACAAGUACAAAUGCACGGAAGAAGCGCAACCGUUGCGCACGCUGUGGCAUUGCACGGAAUCCGGGUGCAAGGGGCAAGUGGUUGCGGUAUCGGUGCGCUCUAAGCGUUGGAGCCGACAUCGUAAAUUGAUAUUUGUUCCGGGGGACCCCAAUUGCCUAUCGAUGACGGUCAUCAAGUGGCAUCGGCACAACCAUAAGGCCAACGUUUCGGCGGUGCAUGCAAAACGACGGCCGCGUACCGCAGGAAUAUCUAAUACUGUUGAGGAAACAGGUUUAAAGCCAAUUGAUCCUAACUAUUCAAAUUUUGAAAAAAGAGAUUUAGAAAUGAAAACCAUUAGCGAUGCAAACAAUUCCAAUGAUGUUAAUGAACAUAUUCAAAAGACUUGGAAUACUGAAAAUUGUGAAGAAGAAAUACCUCAUGUUUUUAAAAAAAUUAAAUUAAAGCCAACUGAUCCUAACAUUUCAAAUUCUGAAAAAAGAGAUUUAGAAAUGAAAACCAUUAGUGUUGCAAAGAAUUCCAGUGAUAUUAAUGAACAUAUUCAAAGGGUUUUAAAUACUGAAAAUAAUAAUCAACAAAAGACAGAACCUGUAAAACUGAUUCGAUGUUCAAAAUGCCAUGAAUUCAUUGUUAAAAACAAUGACCGUCAGCAUAUGGAGACUAUUGCACAUAAAAUAUCCAUGCGUUAUUUUAAACAGAAAAAUAUACAAAUCAAUAGAAAAAAAAAAAUUGAUUGUAUUAUAAGUUGUCGAAUUCUUUCUCCAAGGCAUGAUUUAAUAGAUGACUUCUUUAGUUCGAUUGAAUCAAAUAUAUUGGAUUUGGUUGAUUCAGUCAUUAAAUUGGGAACAUAUAAAUUUAUCAAUGUUGACAUUUUCAUGUAUGUAAUUUAUGAUGAUAUAUAUGCAGAAACAAAAUUGCACAGCUUAGGCAAUGUCAAGAAAUAUAUGGUAAAAGAUGAGAAUUUAUCAAGCAAUACUAUUUUAUUAAAUUGGUUCCAGAUAAUAUGCAAUAAAUUCAAGACUCAGAACAAAAAUUAUUUAAAACAACAAAAAUCGAAAUACUUAUCUCAAGUAUUAUUUUUAGAUAUAAAUUUCAAUGAAGUAAUA